AUGUCCGACGCGCGGCUGGCGGCGGCCAUGGCGCCGGAAAAGUCACUCCGCUCGCGACGGGUCGACCUCGACGUCAAGAUGAAGAUCCGGCGCGAGGAGGACAAGGACGACGGCAAGAGCGCGUUCAAGCGGGCACGGCCGCAGCUGAAGACAGGAAUGGAGAGUCUAGAAGAGCGCGAGGUCCACAUCAAGAAGGCCAUCGAGCAGCAGGCGGCUGGCGCAGCGUCGACGGUGGCCAUCCCCAUCCCGCAGAUCCGGGAGGUCCCGCCCGAGCGGCUCGCAGGCCCACCAUUUGAGCUGCCGGACACAUACCUGCGGCUGACGGUGCCGGCGUGGAACGAUCCCGACUGCGGUGUGCUGUACGACAUGGACGCCGACGACCUCGAGUGGCUCAACGCCCACAACGCCAAGAACCGUCGCAUCUCCGAAGACGACUUUGAGGCGCUCAUUGACCGGCUGGAGAAGGCCACUAACUUUAACGUGGUGCCUGUCGAGCUCUCAGCCAUCACUCUGCCGCCGACGGUCUCGGAAAAGACCGGAUCGAUCAUCCGCGAGUACUGGAUGGCCAAGCGGGUGCGGCUGGACAAACCGCUGCUGCGGCCGUUUUGGCCGCCGCCCGACCACGACAACUCGGAUCCGCAUCUUGCCUUCCGCCCGCUCUCGCGCACCUACUCGCGCCGAAAGAAGCCCAACGACAUGACAUCGUACAAGAAGCUCUGCCAGCUGAAGAAGGAGUUUGAGACCGUCAUGGAGCUGCUCCAGGAGGUCUUUACCCGCGAGGAGACGAAACGCGACCUGGCCGCCCUCCGCAUCGAGAUCUUUGAGCAGCUGCGGAAGGAAGACAAGAGCGGAAACAAGUUCAAGCUGCAGCUGGACCUCCCGCCGCCGCCGCGCCCGCGCCCGGCGCCCAAGGCUGCCGCCGACCCGGCCGCGUCGGCGUCGGCGCCAACGUCAGCUGCCGCCGAAGCCACUACGCCGGCGGUGCUGGACCCGACCCGCCCCGCGCGCUCGCAGUCGACGGCCAACAAGGCAUACACGACGCUGCUACAGCGCGCCAAGCUCGACGACGUGCUUGCCGAGUCGGACGACGACACCGAGAUCGAGACUCUGGCCUCGCACCUCGAGUCUGUCCCGCUCCCAAUCAUCAACCGCAUCGGCAUCCGCUGCUUGUACAUGGACCCUGCGUCGCAUGUGCGGAUGCCCAACGCACAUGCCUUUGAAGCUGCGCCUCCGACCUCGUUCCUUGCCGAGAGCGUGCCCGCGUCGUCGGCGCCCGGGCCGCCCGCGAUCGGCGCCGGCGGCUACCCGACCCGAGUCAUCCGCGGCGUCGCGCCUGAGGGCUCGCGCCCGCGCAAGUUCCGGGCUGUCCGGCGCAUUGGUCGUGGCGGCCGCAUCCUCUACGACCGGGUCCUGCCGUCGCUCUCGGACUCGGACUCGGACUCGGACGGCGAGCCGGACAGCGUGAGCGAGUUUGUCGGCUGGCCGUCGUCCCCGCUCGGCACCAAGCGCAAGCGGGCGGCGUCGCGGCAUGCGUCACCGGAGCCGUCGCCUUCACCGCUCAUUCCAGCCCACCCAACGCUCUUCUCGCGGCCGGUCACUCGCACCUCGCUCUACCUCGACGCGCUCAACAAGUGGUCGCACAGCAGCACCGAGUCAGAGCUUGCCGGCGGCGAGGCCCAAGCCGCGCUCGACCAGCUGCGCGCGGUCGGCCCGCCGUCGCGGCUCGCCGAGUACGUGCACUUGGCGCAGCGGAUCACCUCGCUCAAGACCAUGCAGCUUGGGCCCAUGGCCGAGCAUCUCGGCUAUCGCUCGUAUGACGCCUCGCUCGACCUCUCCGCCAUGCGUGCGGCUCUGGACUUUGACUGCGAGCAAGACGCCGCGGGACCGUCGCUGAACGAGUCACGGCUGCGCAAGGGCGCCGACCGGGCCGCCGAAGCGGCUAUGACUAAGCCGCCGCCGGUUGUCAUACCGGGCGCGACCAUGCUCGAGACACCUACGGUUGGGUCGUACCUUGCCGGUGCGGUGGUCAUGGUUGUCGGCGUCAUCCUUCCGCUGGCUUACAUUGUGGCCAAGCACCGCGGCCUGGCGUGGAAGCCGAGCGACUGA